AUGUUGCCUACCCCUGCAUGUUUUCACUACUUCAGAAAUUCUCUUCUUUUGUGCUUCCUUAUGAUCCUUCCAAUAGUUCAACCACUUUACUUCAACAUAACAAGCUUUAACGACACUGAAAGCGCAAGCCUCAUUGGAUAUGCAGGCAUUGCCAAGACUGAGAACGGAACCUUAGUGCUCAACCCACUCAUCAACAAUGGAGUUGGACGAGCCAUCUAUGGCAAACCUCUGCGCCUCAAAAACUCUUCUAAUGGACAUGUCACUGACUUUUCCACUUGGUUUUCAUUCACUAUCGAUGUGUCCACUAGAACCAACUAUGGUGACGGCUUUGCCUUCUUUGUGGCACCCCUUGCCUACCAAAUUCCGCCCAAUUCAGGUGGUGGCAGUCUUGGCCAAUGCGAUGACAGCAAACCCCAAAAUAACAUCAUUGCUGUUGAAUUUGAUACUUUUGUUAAUAAUUUUGAUCCAACAAUGCAGCAUGUGGGGAUCAACAAUAACUCUUUGGUAUCUCUCAAUUAUAGCAGGUUCAAUAUUGAGAGCAACAUAGGGAAGAUGGGGCAUGCGUUGAUAACUUACAAUGCUUCUUCCAAACUCCUUGUUGCCUCAUGGUUCUUCGAGGGAACUACUUCUGGUUUUAUGCCCAAAACUUCUGUUUCAUACCAGAUUGACCUAGGGGAAAUUCUACCAGAGUGGGUCACUGUUGGGUUUUCAGGUGCAACCGGGUUGUCCAAUGAGGAAAAUGUUAUUCAUUCCUGGGAAUUCACUUCAACUAUGAAUUCCACGCGUUCAGAUGUAAACAAAGAAAGUUACAUCAUAACCAAAUACAAGUUUCAAGUCAAAGUAGUAGUUGUUGAAGUUACUUGUUCUAUUCUUUUUGUUCUCGUGGUCAUUGGUGUUUCUUGGUUGAUCGUCAUCAAGAAAAGAAGAAGUGGGGAUGGUUUUGAUUUGGACAAAGCAUCUAUGCCGAGAAGAUAUUGUUAUAACGAAUUAAUUGCAGCCACCAAUGGGUUUGCAGAUGAUAGAAGGCUGGGAGAAGGAGGCUAUGGACAAGUCUACAAAGGGUUUCUGACAGAUUUAGGGCGCGUGGUUGCGGUGAAAAGGAUCUUUUCUGAUGUUGAAGAUUCUGAGGAAAUAUUUACGAAUGAGGUGAAGAUUAUAAGUUGCCUAAUACAUAGAAACCUUGUGCAAUUCAUAGGAUGGUGCCAGGAACAAGGGGAGUUAUUACUGGUUUUCGAGUACAUGACUAAUGGAAGCCUUGACACUCAUCUAUUUGGAAGUAGAAGAACUUUGACAUGGGAUGUUAGAUACAAGAUAGCGUUAGGUGUGGCCAGAGCACUUCAGUAUCUUCAUGAAGACGCAGAGCAGUGUGUUCUUCAUAGGGAUAUUAAGUCAGGUAAUGUUUUGUUAGACACUGCUUUCAAUACUAAGGUUAGUGACUUUGGGAUGGCGAAGUUGGUGGAUCCAAGAUUGAGGACUCAGAAGACAAGGGUGGUGGGGACAUAUGGGUACCUUGCCCCAGAAUAUGUAAAGGAAGGAAGGGCUAGCAAAGAAUCAGACAUGUACGGUUUCGGGGUUGUGGCUUUGGAGAUAGCAUGUGGAAGGAGGACUUACAAGGAUGGGGAGUAUAACCACGUGCCUUUGACAAAUUGGGUGUGGAAACAAUAUGUGGAUGGUAAUGUUUUGAAUGCUGUUGAUGAGGGACUAAAAAGAGAUUAUGAUGUGAAUGAAAUGAAAUGCUUGCUCACUGUAGGACUAUGGUGUACCCUGCAAGACCACAAGAAAAGGCCAAAGGCAGAACAGGUUAUUAAUGUUCUUAAGCAAGAAGCUUCAUUGCCAAAUCUUUUUACAGACAUGCGUGCUUGA